CCCUCCAAAAGAUGAUGGAUCAACCUAUAAGAUUGAACUUGAAGGGAUAUCGGUAAUGGUUAUGAAAGAGAUCCUGGAUUACAUCUUCAGUGGGCAGAUACGGCUGAACGAAGACACAAUCCAAGAUGUUGUACAAGCAGCAGACCUUCUCCUGCUGACAGAUCUUAAAACACUGUGUUGUGAGUUUCUAGAAGGCUGUAUUGCUGCUGAGAACUGCAUCGGAAUUCGAGACUUUGCACUUCAUUACUGCCUGCACCACGUCCAUUACCUUGCUACGGAAUAUCUGGAGACACAUUUCCGAGAUGUCAGCAGCACAGAAGAAUUCCUAGAACUGAAUCCUCAAAAACUUAAAGAAGUGAUUUCUCUUGAGAAGUUAAACGUUGGCAAUGAAAGAUAUGUAUUUGAAGCAGUAAUUCGAUGGAUUGCACAUGAUACAGAAAUAAGAAAGGUCCACAUGAAGGAUGUUAUGUCAGCACUAUGGGUUUCCGGGUUAGACUCCAGUUACUUGCGGGAACAAAUGCUGAACGAACCCUUGGUACGAGAAAUUGUCAAAGAGUGCAGCAACAUCCCACUGAGCCAGCCGCAGCAAGGAGAGGCCAUGCUUGCCAACUUCAAGCCCCGGGGCUACUCUGAAUGCAUUGUGACCGUUGGUGGAGAGGAGCGGGUUUCGCGGAAACCAACAGCAGCGAUGCGAUGUAUGUGCCCUCUUUAUGACCCUAAUAGGCAGCUUUGGAUUGAACUGGCCCCGUUAAGCAUGCCAAGAAUUAACCACGGAGUUCUCUCAGCAGAAGGGUUUUUGUUUGUAUUUGGGGGCCAAGAUGAAAAUAAGCAAACCCUCAGCUCGGGAGAAAAGUAUGACCCAGAUGCAAACACAUGGACAGCAUUGCCACCAAUGAAUGAGGCAAGACAUAACUUCGGAAUUGUGGAGAUAGAUGGAAUGCUAUAUAUUUUAGGAGGAGAGGAUGGUGAUAAAGAGCUAAUUUCAAUGGAAUGUUAUGAUAUUUAUUCUAAAACCUGGACAAAGCAACCUGAUUUGACCAUGGUUAGAAAGAUUGGCUGCUAUGCAGCUAUGAAAAAGAAAAUUUAUGCAAUGGGUGGAGGAUCAUAUGGAAAACUUUUUGAAUCUGUGGAAUGUUAUGACCCAAGAACCCAGCAGUGGACUGCUAUAUGUCCAUUAAAAGAAAGAAGGUUUGGAGCAGUAGCCUGUGGUGUGGCCAUGGAACUGUAUGUUUUUGGAGGAGUCAGAAGUCGAGAGGACAUCCAGGGCAGUGAGAUGGUAACUUGCAAAUCUGAGUUCUACCACGAUGAGUUUAAAAGGUGGAUCUACCUUAAUGACCAGAACUUAUGCAUCCCAGCCAGUUCCUCUUUUGUUUAUGGAGCUGUACCCAUAGGAGCAAGUAUUUAUGUUAUUGGAGACCUGGAUACAGGUACCAAUUACGACUAUGUGCGCGAGUUUAAAAGGAGCACAGGAACCUGGCACCACACUAAACCAUUGCUUCCAUCCGACCUCCGACGCACUGGGUGUGCAGCCUUACGCAUUGCAAAUUGCAAGCUUUUCCGCCUGCAGCUUCAGCAAGGCUUAUUCCGCAUCCGAGUGCAUUCCCCGUGAGAGGGAGCAGAGCAGAAGCAGAGCCCUGACCAAAUGCACGCACGGCUCUCUGAGGGGAGGGCAGCAGCGAAGCCUGCUCUGCGCGCCUGCCUUUGUCUGGUACCUCUGGUGGUUUUGUAGUGCUUAAAAGCUUGAGCUUCAGCUCUGGUUUGGGAGAACACUUAAUUUUUGAAAAACCACCUGGGAGGAAUCAGUUCCUCCAGUUUGAUGUGUGUAUAGACAAAUGGAGGCUAGUAAAUGUCAAAAGGAAAAGGGAAGUGGGAAUUGGUACAGUGUAAAAUAUUGAAGUUAAAAUACUAAGGUGCAUUUUCCCUGAAGGGAACUCUUACCAGACAGAUUGCUUUGUUCCAGUACCUGGCUUUGGUAAACAAACAAAACUCCAUAUAUGCAGAUCAACAUAUCUCAAACAUACCAAGGUUGCUUUUCUACUGCACUUGGAAGGAAAUAUUAUGCCUAACCCUGCCCAAAAAAUUAAGGUUUGUGCCUAAAUAUUAGGUUGGGCUAUAAGCCAGCUAGUCUCCAUUUACUAGUACUCUGUUCUAAGAAUCGUUUAAAAACUAGAUUAUGAUGAAUAGAAACUAAGAUAAAAUUUCUCUUUUAUGACAUUCUAUCUUAGUAAUCUAAAGAUGCAGUGAUUUAACGAGUCAGGUUUCAGCCCUCACCUGGAUUUAAAGAAGUUGCUGACAUUUCUGUUAAUGUAGCGUCCGGUGCAUCGUGCCAUCACCUGUGGGGCAGAGCUUGUGGGAUUGUAGAGGGUCUCAUGCCAUGCUGUUCUUCCUUCUCAGUUACCAGAACCAUUUGAUAAAUAGAAGGGCACUAGUAUGUAGAAGAUUUUUUAAAAGAAAGGCCUGAGUCAGACAAAUAAUAAAGGUCUGCUAUGACUUAAAGAAAAAAAGAAAAAAGAAAACUCUAUUCAAAUAAAAGAUAGGGAUCAAAAAUUUUUUAAAAUACAGAGUCCCUGACUUACGAUGGUUUAUUGGAGGUUUUUUGACCUGACAUUUGUGUGAAAACAAUACCUGUUCUGUAGCACUCUUUUGUGAUGCAGAACUGUGCAGGCCACCAUAGCUCCCAGGGCAGGUGGUCGCUGACAUGUUUCCACACAGGACAAGUGUAAGGGUGUGUGACCCAUCGUAAGUUGAGGAAGAUCUGUACUCUGAAAGCACACAGUCUUGUUUACUACCGCAUAGGAUUUGAAAACUUGUAUUAAGAUUCAAACCUCUGUUAAGAGUCUAGUCCUUAUAGUGAAUUUCCUUGAUGCCGUUCAUUAGUAAGAGUUUUAGACAAAUUAUGUUAUGAGUAAAGUUUGGCUGGUAGAAUAAACUACCUCAACUUAAUUUCAUUCUGUUCAUAGUCUAACAUAUUCGUCUUUUCCUCCUUUCUCUCUCAUUCCCAAGUCAGCCCACUCCACCCCACACCCACUGGGGGAGAAGAGACUGUCAUUGGUGGCACUUAUCUUGUACGAUAUUUUGUUUUCCAUUCAAAUUAUACCACCUCCGUGUGACAUUAAGAAAUUCGGAGUACUUGAUUACAUCAUAAUUUGAAUUUUAUGCAAUAUGAGAUUUCUAAUCAAUUUAAUAUAGAGUUCACUUUAAAUUGUUUUCUACCAGUUUCUUUUUUUUCUCUUAGACUAGGACUACAAAGGCAGAAUUUUGUCUUAAUG